CCUCUCCCUGCCUCUCGACUGCAAUCCCUUCCUGCACCCUGGACGCCCGUCUCACUCCAUACCCACAUCCGCCGUUCACUCCGUGCGACCAGCCUCCACCCACCGCUCCGCCAGCUGCGGGUCUGGCGCCGCCAGCACGUGCUCCAGCAGCCCGAACAGCGCCGCGCGGUAGAAGCUCCUGUGUCGCCGAGGUACAUCGACACGCAGCGGGGCGUGUUUGAGGUGCCCGGAGAUAAGCGGGAUCGGGCACUUGCGGCCAUCGACGCCGCGCUAGCCGCACGCCGCCUGCCCGUCCGCACCAUCGCAUGCAUCAAGGGCCAGCUGCUUGCCAUGUCCUGGGCAUUCGGCCCCUGGUCGCGCCUACGCACCAGGGGCCUAGGCCACCUCAUUGAGACCCGCCGCACUUGGAGCUCUCACCUCACAGUCUCGCCCGCCGCACGCGAAGACCUGGCCUUCUGGCGAGACUACUUCGACCACUUCAACGGCCGCCGCAGCCUCUGGCUGCCCACGCACGUCCACACCCUCAUGCACUGCGACGCCGCCGGCAAGAACAAGUCCUUCCCCGGCGGCUGGGGCGCGUGGACCGUGCUGAACGGCCAGGUCGUGUCAGCACGCGGCACCUGGGACGGCCGCAUCAGCUCCUUCGGCUCCACGCCACAGGAGCUGCAGGCAGUCCUGAACGGCCUGCGCUCCUUCCAAGGCCCCGCCGGCCUAGAGGGCCAGACCAUCCGCGUGAUGACCGACAACCUCAAUGCGGCCAACAUCAUCAACAAGGGCUCCGCCAAGGCCGACAACUGCUACGUCGUCGCCUACGAGCUCCUGUGGUACUGCGUGGAGCGCAACAUCCGCCUGGAGGCUCAGUGGGUGCCACGCGACAAGAACCAGUUUGCCGACUACCUAAGCAAGAUCCAAGAUCCGGACGACUGGGCGGUCAGCGACAGCACCUUUACAGCUCUGUCCAAGCAGUGGGGCCCGUUCGACAUCGACCUCUUCGCCUCUCACCGCACCCACCGCCUCCCGGCCUACUACGCCACCCACUUCGCGCCCGGUGCCGCUGGCGUCGACGCCUUCCGCUUCCGCUGGGGGCGCGCCUGCUGGGCCUACCCGCCAUUUAACCUGCUGCUCCGCGUGCUGAAGCACGCCCAGGCCUGUCGCGCGCGCAUGUGCCUGCUCGCCCCUGUCUGGCCCACUCGCGACUGGUGGCCCUUCCUGACUAGCGAUGGGGCGGUCUUCAAGGGGUUUGUGCACGGCGUGCGGGUACUGGGCAAACCACGGGACGUGAUCGCGGCAGGGCAGCCGGUGCCCCAGGCCCGGCUCCGCCAGGUGGCCAUCCUGGGCGGCCUCGCCGCCCGCGCCGACCCCGUGCUGAGCGGCCUAGCGGUCGAGUUCUCGGCCGCAGUCGACGGCAAGCUUGCCGUCGGCACACAGCGGCAAUACCGGGAGCCUUGGUCCGCCUUCACGCGCUGGUGGGAGGCGCGGCGCCUGGACGGCUCCAUCUACGACACGCCGCCCAACGUGGUGGGCCUGUACCUCUUCAGCGCUUACGUGGCGUCCGCGGAAGACAGCGUCGGCGGCGGCCGUGUGCGGCAAGCUAGCGCCGCCAUCCACCACUACUUCACCGCCGCAGCUCGCGACUCUCCAACAGGCCACCCCAUCUGCGUGGCCGCCCGAGAGCUGGCCGCCCGGUACCUCGUCCCGCAGGCCCGCGAGCGCGGCGCUUUCUCUGCUGACAACGUGGCCAGGUUCGUGGCCGCCCACGGCGGCCCCGGCGCGAGCCUCAUUGACCUCAUGUACUGCACCUGCGUGUCCGUGAUGUUCCACGGCUUCCUGCGCUGGAGCGACAUGGCCGAGGUGUCUGUGCACGCAGACCUGCUUGUGCUAACAGACACCCACGCAGAGCUCUUCAUCCCGCGCUCCAAGACGGACCAGCUCUGGCAAGGCGCGUGGGUGCCGCUGGCGCGCACCGGCGGCCCGGCCUGUCCAGUCGCGCUGAUCGAGCGCCUGCUGGCCGCCGGCGCCUACCAGCGCUCCCCCAGCUUCGACGGCGAGGACGUGGGCCCGCUGCUGCGCGCCGUUACGGCCACGCGCAGCGGCCAUCGCCUGCAGCAGCUGAUGACCGGCACCACUCAGGCGCCCGUCUUCAGCGUGACCUACAACACCUUCGCCGGGCACCUGCGGCGCAUGUGCGCCGCCACAGCUCUGCCAGACAACCUCAAGUCUCACUCCCUGCGCAUCGGAGGCAACAGCCGGGCCGAGGAGCUCGGCUUCCCCGCCGAGCUCCGCAUGCGGCACGGGCGCUGGCGCUCGCUGCCCAUGGUGGAGCACUACACCCGCCGCGAACUGGCGCCCGCUCUGGAGAUGACCCGUCAUCUCGUCUGAGUGAGGCCGCUAGCGGCGACUCCACCUAUCUCUUCGGCCUGCAGUGUAAGUGCCCUUGGCUGUUCGUCCCGACUCCUUCAGCCGAUCUGACCCUUGCUCCGACAGCUCAGCUCUGCCGAGUCUCUCUUACAGCGGAGGCCGUCUAUGUCGAUGUACCUCGGCGACACCUCGGCGACACAGUCAACGGCGGCACGCAGUUGAAGGCAAGGGACAGGUAGCGAGUCUCCAGGCGGGAUUGCCCUACAGGCACCCCCAACACCGAGCGUGUCAACGGCAUGUCGGCGCCCCAACGGACCGCCGCUCUUGCCGCCGCUCAGUUGGCACGCUCCUCAGCACAGGACUGCACAGGAUGCAAAGUGAGACCAUGCCAGGUCAGAUGGUGGCUGCGGCAGUGCCCGGCACAGUGGCACCAUUGCGGUAGAGGGUAGGUGCGGGCUCUGCUGGAGUCUGGAGCCAAGAGCCCAAGACCUAGGGUCCCGCGAGCCUGACCAUGGGCGCCCCUGGGCUACGGCCCGGCAUAGUGCUUCGCGGCCAAAGAGCAAUGACACACACGCACGCGGGCUUGCAUCUUCCAGAAGUAGGCCGCCGCCGCUGGCGAGAAGGGCCCUAGCCACGUUCUCGCCCACGAUAGCCAGGGGCCCCAAAAUGCAUUAGUUUUUAGCGUUGGUGGUGGGGGGCUCUUUUGCAUGGGUUCGGUUUAGUUUGGGCUGGUAUCUGUGACCCCCCAAACCCCCGGGAAGGGGUAGUUGGCGAGAUUCGGGGACUGUACAUAGCCCCAUGCGGCAAGAAUGCACCCCCGGAAAUGCCCAACCUUUCUCGCCCGAGGGCCUUUAUUAGGGCCCGUUUCUUGCCGCUCUCCGAAGAUGCAAACCCUGCACAGCAGGGCUCCUAUCUUACCGUACUGCCAAAAAGGUUGCGGGUUUUUAAGUUCGGGGUGGGUCGCCGAAGUUGAACGCCGAAACAAUUACAUAAAUAUUUUUGAGGAUUCCCUCCCGAAAUUAAGAAACAUAUGGAAAAUUUCGCGGGUCGGGCGCGCUGUCGCGCGCGAGGGCCUGGACCGUGGCACGGGGGUUUGACACCCGGGCACGCCCAAAAUCUUGCGAUCUCCGAUCUCUUGUGCUGCUUGCUGCGUGCGUGCCACACACACGCGGCCAUGUGCAGCGCACGGGUACUGAUUGGGGGGGCCUUGCCCGGCGCCCCCGAAAUUUCGGAACAGUUUUGUUACAAGAGCCCGAACGCCCCCGAUACGGUAAUGUCUCCAGACAUUAAUUGGCCAUUUUGGCCGUUUCCUAGACAUUCCUCCCCGGGGCUAAUGUCUGGGGCGAGACUUUGUUGGCCCGGGUUUGGGGCGGGUUUUGUCCGAAUUCCUACGGCUUGCAAGCUGUAACACAGCGUGAAU